CACUGGACACGGAGAUGUAAUUACAUCAAGCCAACCCCACCAGCCAUUAGCCGAAGUACACCACGUCAAGCAGAAGGAGUUUUCUGUGGACAUGGCGCUCUCGCAUGUUUUUGAAUCACCUGUACCUGGUUUUAACUUCGAGAAUUCGACCAGAAAUCUUUUAUUGGAGGACGCGCUGGGCGAAGGGAAAAGCAACGCGCCUAAACCUUUGAAGACUGGCACCACGAUCGCAGGAGUGGUCUGUAAGGAUGGCGUGGUCCUGGGCGCAGACACAAGGGCUACCUCCAGUGAAGUAGUAGCGGACAAAAUGUGUGCCAAAAUUCACUACAUUGCCCCAAAUAUAUAUUGUUGUGGAGCAGGGACUGCAGCAGACACUGAGAAAACUACAGAACUGCUCUCCUCCAACCUCACCAUUUUCUCCAUGAAUAGUGGCAGAAACCCCAGAGUCGUCAUGGCAGCUAAUAUCCUACAGAAUAUGCUCUUCAGGUAUCAUGGUGCGAUUGGAGCAAAUCUGAUUCUGGGAGGGGUGGACUGCACUGGGAGCCACAUCUACAGAGUGGGACCUUAUGGGAGCAUGGACAAGGUUCCAUAUCUUGCUAUGGGAUCUGGUGAUUUAGCUGCUAUGGGUGUACUGGAGGAUAGGUUCAAACCCAGAAUGGAGCAAGAGGAGGCCAAGACACUGGUGCGUGAUGCCAUCCGUGCAGGUAUCAUGAGUGACCUGGGUUCAGGGAACAACAUAGACAUAUGUGUCAUCACCAGCAAAGGGGUGGAUUACAUAAGACCCUAUCAGGAAUCUGAAUACAAGGACAACAGGCAAAAAAAGUAUAAAUAUAAGCCAGGUACAACUCCUGUUUUGUGUGAGAAGGUGGUUCGCUUGGAGCUGGAGCUUGUGCACGAGACAGUCCAGAAAAUGGAAACAUCCUGAGCGAAAGAAGAACAGAAAAACCAGCAACAUUGUAGAAACGAAUGCGUGAAAUGAAUACUGUUUAGAAUGCAAUAGAAUGCUCAUUUGUUCACCGAUAGAUGUGUAUAUGAUGACAUUGUAAUAAAUGGCAUGAUGGA